CCACAAAAUGAUUCCUUCUGGAUGGGGAAAACCAUAGCCUUUUAGGAGGUCUUCAAACCUUCCAGUGUGGAUUCCCGCUUUUCAGGGUUCAGGCUCAUUCAAUUAUUUCCCAGAGGAAGGCCAUUAGCACCAAAUUCUAUUCCCAAGAACAAGGCAGUAACACGCGACAGCUCUAGUCAGCUUGGGACAGCUGGGCAGGGCUGGUGGUGGGCUGGCGCUGUCUCCCAGGGAGCACAGCUUGUGGGUGCGAGCCGUGAGAUCAAGCCCCGAAGGGGGAGGGCCCCAGUGGGCGUGGUCUAGCCAGUCACCGCCCCCACAAGUGCUAAGCUUUCUGAGCGCUGGGGCUGUGGGCCACAAGGUUAAGCCUACACUAGUCUUCGCUGGGAACUGGUUGCUUCUGAGCAACGGAGAUGGAAAGCUACCCGACCCGUACAGAUAUCCCGCCAUGGGUGAAAGUUCCCGAAGAUCUGCAAGAUCCAGAAGUAUUCCAAGUCCAGACUCCGCUGCUAAAUUCUCUGUUUGGCCCACAGGGAUCUCGAAUCCCGUACAUCGAGCAGGUGAGCCAGGCCAUGUUCGAGCUGAAGGCUCUGGAAUCUUCCGAACUCACCGAGGUCUUAGUUUAUGGCUCUCACAACAACAAGCUUCGGGCCAAAUGGAUGCUUCAAUCCAUGGCUGAGAGGUGCCGCCUGCGCCAGGAGAGAGGAAUGCUCAAGCUGGAGGAAGCCAUGAAGACCCUGGAACUAGGCCAGUGUUGAGAGCGAAGCCAGUUUCCAGAGUAUUGGAGUGGUUCUGGCGUGGUUUCUAACUUUGUUGUAGCCUUGAUCGUCUAACGAGAUAUUUCUGGAUCCCAGCUUUGCAGUGAGUUCUGAUGAGAAUAUCUCUUCCCAAGGUUGCCAAUAAAUAAAUGUGAAAUUUAAAUAAUCACAUAGUUUCUUGAUGCUGUAUCUAAUGGAUUGAAGGUCACAGUUUUAGAGCAGAAGCACCACGAAGGUGUGAUCCUUAAGCUUAACCCUUAGGGCUUGUCACUGAACUGAAAUCCUAGGGAAGUAUGUAGCAUCCUGUCUGGAAUAUCACGAAGAACAAUAGCUCUAAAAGGCACUGAUGUAAAACAACACUUGAGAGCACGCCAUCAUUAAA